UGUUUUGUUCUUGGUUUAAGCAUAUUUGAAGUAUGACAAUGGCGUGGAAGAGCAAAGGUCCUUCUCUUCCUCUGGCCUCCUUAAGUCUCCUGAUUCCUCCAAUCAGACUCAUGUCAGCUUUCAUGUGGCGGAUACUGCAGCAGCGUAUCGUGACCCAGUACGACCAGCUCCUGGACUUCAUCAGUCUGGUGACAGAGUCCGUCCCGGAGCUCCUGAGUUCAGCUCAGAGAGCUCAGCUCAUCCUGGGCCUGAGAGCAAAGGUGGUUUUGGAGUUGUGUCGUGGUGACCUCGCCAACCUGCCGAUCAUCCAGACUCACCUGGAUAAAAUCCAUGAAGUGAGCUCCACUAAUGAGCAGGCCUGUACAGAUAUACUGAAGACCUCAUACACCAGCUUUGCCAAUCUGGUUCAGAAGUUGUUGACUGUUCCCUUUGAAAAGGAGUUCUUCUUCCAAGAGGUGUUCCCUACAACCUACGGCUCUUCCUACGACCAAAAAGUGCAGCAGCUGAUGUCUGACUUCCUGUCCAGGCUAGAGCAGCUGCUGCCCCUACCGGACCUGCAACAGACAGCAGCUUGGCUCUCUGAAACAACAUUGGUGGCAAAAGAAUUUGGACUACAUCUGUCCGAACCCUUUGCACUGAAGGCUCUCCUGCUUCAUCAUAGACAGCUGGGGACUCUCAGCUCUGAAGAAGAUAUCCUGCCUAUACUUGAUCUCUGCCCUCAAAGUGAAGUGGAGAAGUACACUGAGCCCAACAGUGAGGAUGAUGAUUAUGACAAUGAGGUAGAAAGACUUGUGUUUGAGGAUUUGGAAGAAGACUCAAGUCAACCCUCAGAUGUCUCCACAGAUGGCUGCUCACCAAAAAAGAAACCAGGUCCUCUGUCACAUUUAUUCAUCUGCCCUCAGUGUUCUUUUGCUCAUCGCUCAAAGAGGAAGGUACAAGAGCACAUCCAGAAUGAGCACCAGAAAAAGGAAUCUGUGAAAAAAGUCAGAGCAAAGACUCAGCAAAAAAGUAACGACUCGAUCGCUGAAGAGAAGAAAGUAGACGGCAACUCGGAGAAAAAAAGGGGGGAGCGAAAACAAAAAGAUGGUCUCGAAAAAAAGAGGCAACGCAAGCAGAAGAAGGACAACUUGGAAAACAAGGAGCGACGGCGACGGAAAGAGCCCACGGGGGAAGACAAAAGGUUUCUGAGCACGAGAGAGGUCAGCAAAAACUUCACAGAGGAAGAAACCAAAUGCAAGACAUGUAAAAAGGUUUUUGAACAUCCAAAUCAACUCAAAACACACAUGAAGCUCCACACCUUCCCCUUCCACUGCAGCCAGUGCGAGAAGGGGUUCACCAGCCCGUCAGGUUAUUACCAGCACCAGAGACUCCACAAAAUAGGGCGAAUAUUCAUCUGCGGCCAGUGCAACAAGGGAUUCCUGUGCAACUAUUCUCUCAAGCAGCACGAGCGCCUGCACGAAGGCCCCUCCAACCUGUGCACCAUCUGCGGGAAAAGCUUCAGCAAAGCGGGCAUCACGAGACACAUGCAGAUGCACAAAGGGGAGAAGAAUUACUUGUGCACCACCUGCGGGAAGUCGUUUCUGUCUUCGGGAGAGCUGCUGCUGCACACGAGGUCUCACACGGGAGAGAUGCCGUACACCUGCACACACUGCGGGAAGGGUUUCUCCAGCAAGAGUCACCUGAACGUUCACAUACGCUCUCACACGGGGGAGCGGCCGUACCUGUGCUCGGAGUGCCCGAAGCGUUUCCUCACACUGAACUGCCUGAAGAGACACACGCUUAGCCACAAUGGAGUGAAACCAUUUAAGUGUCCACACUGCGAGAGAGAAUUCUCCCAGCAGGGGAAUUUAAAGAGACAUCUGGCAACUCAUAAACCUGACACGUAA